AUGGAGGAUAUUAAGGAAGAGAUAAAUUACUGGGAAUCUGCGGUGGAAUGCUAUAUUCUAGGGUCCAAUCCACCACAAGCAGUAAUGGAUGGGUAUUUCAGGAGAAUUUGGGGGAAAAUAGGAGUAGAUAAAGUUGCACAGACUAGUAAAGGAGUAUUUAUUGUCAGAUUUCACAACAUAGUAGACAGGAACAAAGUGAUUGAAGAAGGAGUCCAAAUGUUUGACAAAAAGCCAGUUAUAAUUAGAGCAUGGACACCGGAUAUGGAGUUCACAAAAACACAAAUGGAGAAGAUACCAGUGUGGGUGAGAUUGCCAGGACCGGAGAUUAAAUACUGGGGAAAAAUUGCUUUAACAAAGAUAGCAAGGAUGAUUGGUAAACCACUUAAAGCUGACAAUGCAACAACACAUAGAGAAAGAUUGACAUAUGCUAGGGUGUUGGUUGAGGUAGAGUUGAACAACAAAUAUCAAAACUCAGUAAUGUUUGAGAAUGAACAUGGGAGAAUAAUUGAACAAGAAGUGGUAUAUGAAUGGAAGCCUGUGCUAUGUGAAAAGUGUGACAAUUAUGGCCAUGAAAUGAAAGAAUGCAGAAAGUGGAUCAAAGAAGAAAAAGAAAAGCAGAAAGCACAUGAAGUGACUAAUAAUGAACAGGGGAAGGGGAAUAUCCAAAACAAGGGGAUAGAUAAUGGAAAGCAGAAGGUAGCAGAGGCCAACUUGGCUAAAGAUACAGGGCUGGAGAAUAAACAGAACAAGCAGAUAGAAGGAAAAGGCUAUCAGGCUAAAUACAAGACUGGCAAAUACAUAGCUAAGGGAGCAACAAUGCAGAACACAACACUUAAGCUAGGGAAUACAUUCUCUAGCCUAAUGGAGCAGCAGACAACAGGUACAAGACCUAAAGAACCUAGUUCUUCUAUACCUUAA